AUGUUUUCUAACACAUCCAACGGUGCUCCAUUCGUGAUAAAUUCACAUUACAAUGGACAUGGAUUCACUGACGAUGAUAAUAACAAUAAUGAAGGUGCAUCUCAAUCAUUUUUCAAUUAUGACGCUUUGAACAAUGACCUAUAUACUCCUUCUAAUACCUCGUCUAAGAAUGAACAUCUUCAAGGCUUAUCUAGUGGCUAUAAUCAGGUUUAUUACAAUAAUUUGAACACAAACACACCAAAAUCAGCCCAUGUUUAUAGAGAAACCACAGGAGGAACAGUUCCUUAUGAAAGUAUUGAUGCUUCUUACUAUACCAAUAACAAUCAAAGUUCGGUCUACAGCAAAUUUUGCGAGUGGUUUAACACAAUAGCUAGCCUUUUUGUAGAUAUUUCAUAUAAGGCGUAUGAUAUCUUUUCUGUUAUUUGGUAUUAUUGCAAGCUGAUGCUGUUUUAUACCCUGAGAUUGGCUUUCGGAGCACUAGUAACAUUAUUAAUUUUAAGCUUGAUAGGAAGGCUAUUUGUUGACAAAAACAGAGACUUUGAUGAAGUACCUAUAUCUAAAAAGACUCAGGACGUGUCAAAAAGGGAAACCCCUAAAACAAAUGAGAAUCCACCUCCGCCAAAAUCAACACUAACUUUAGACCCAGUAUAUUUUAAAGAUAUUGUAGGCAUUGAUGAUGCUAAAGAAGAUCUAUUUGAGGUAGUAAAAUUUAUCAAACAUCCAGAGUUAUACAAAAAUGUUGGAGCGAAGAUACCUAAGGGUAUACUACUUGUAGGAUCACCAGGAACAGGAAAAACAAUGCUAGCAAAAGCAGUUGCCACAGAGGCUGGCAUUCCAUUCAUAUAUACAAGCGGUCCAGAAUUUGUCGAAAUUUUCGUUGGUCAAGGAGCCCAAAGGGUACGUAGUCUAUUCUCAAAGGCACGUAAAGCGGCACCAUGUAUAAUAUUUAUCGAUGAAAUUGAUGCUGUUGGAUCAAAGAGAGCUUCUGGUUCAUUUAGUGGGCAAAAUCGUGAACAUGAUCAAACAUUGAACCAACUACUGGUAGAAAUGGAUGGUUUUAACAUUUCUACUGGGAUAACUGUAUUGGCUGCAACAAACCGUAUAGGCACAUUGGACAGAGCUUUACUUCGUCCUGGAAGAUUUGAUAGAAUAAUACACAUACCAUUGCCAAAUCUCGACGGAAGAGAAGCCAUUUUGAAAAGAUAUCUGAAUGAUGUAAAGUAUGACAAAGAUGAAAUAAAUGUAAGGGAAUUUGCAAAGUUAACUCCUGGGUUCUCUGGUGCUGAUUUAAAAAAUUUGGUUAAUGAAGCUGCUUUAAAUUGUGUAAAAGAUGGAAGAAACAAGGUCGCAAUUGUGGAUAUGCAAGAAGCUCGUGAUAAGGUCUCAAUAGGUUCAAAAAGAAAGUUAAUACAACCAGAAUUGCAAAGAAAAAUGACUGCAUAUCAUGAAGCUGGACAUGCAUUAGUGGCAUAUUAUCUUUACCCAGAUGCUGAUCCAAUUCAUAAGGCUACAAUAAUAUCAAGGGGUACAGCACUAGGUUUUGUAGAACAACUACCAGAGGGAGAUCGAUCCAGCUAUAAACUGGCGCAAAUGAAAGCUCGAUUAGCUGUAUGCAUGGGUGGAAGAAUAGCUGAAGAACUAGUUUUCGGAAAAGAGAAUGUUACUUCAGGAGCAUCCAGCGACAUAUAUGCAGCGACAGAAUUAGCAUAUAGAAUGGUAACUGAAUGGGGAAUGAGCAAGAAAUUGGGUCCCAUAAAUUACACAAGAAUUGGUGCUAUUACCAAUCUCAACGGCAAUAGGGCAUUAUCAACCGAUACUGCCACAAUCGUAGAACAGGAAGUUAAAAUUUUGGUUGAUGAUGCACACAAAUUGGCAGAAAGCAUAAUAAGAGAGCACAGAAAUCAACUCGAGCUGAUUGCUACACAAUUAAUGGAACACGAGACACUUACAGGCCAAGAAAUUAGAGCUUUACUCGACAAAAAUGAAUCGAAAACAUAA